AUGACUAAGGACACAAAUGGUGAAAGAGUUGAUACAAACCUGUACCGAAGCAUCAUUGGGAGCUUGCUCUAUUUAACAGCCAGCAGACCGGAUAUAGCCUUUGCAGUAGGAGUUUGUGCUCGGUAUCAGGCUGACCCACGCACGUCACAUCUUCACUGUGCAAAACGAAUACUCAAAUAUAUAUCAGGUACAUUUAACUAUGGUAUUUGGUAUACUUAUGACACAACUGGUACUCUUGUUGGCAACUGUGAUGCAGACUGGGCAGGGUGCACAGAUGAUAGGAAAAGCACAUAUGGAGGGUGCUUCUUCUUAGGGAAUAAUGUAACUGCUUAUUUCAGCAAGAAACAAAAUAGUGUCUCCCUCUCAACCGCCGAAGUUGAAUACAUUGCUGCAGGUAGUACUACUCUCAACUGUUGUGGAUGA